AAGAAGGGAUGGGGACGAGGGCGGGGAAAUCCCCGGAAUAUUCACAUUGAGCAACAGUUCCGCGGUGUUCUUAUCCAAAUUAAUCCCAGGGGAUUUUUAAAAAUCCCAGUCGUGCAGGGGCUGAUGAAGCUGGAGAAGGUUCGGGGGGAAUCUUACUCGCCCAUAAAUCCCGACAUUUAUAUGUGCCUGGAGGGAAGGUGCGGCGAGGAUGGAGCCGGGGUGCUCUCGGUGGUGCCCGAUGACAGUGUCAGGGGCGAGGGACUCAAAGUGAAGCACAGGAGGGUCCCUCGGAACAUCGGGAACAUCAGGAAGCACAUUUGUUACUGUGAGGGUGGCCAAGCGCUGCCACAGGUUGCCCAGGGAGGUUGUGGACUUUCUAUCCCCGUGCUGUGAUUGAGUGUAAUCUGUCACUAAAGAAGCUGGUAUUGCUGCUUUCCUUGCUUUUCCUGCUGGGAAAAAAAAAAAAAAAAAAAAAAAAAAAAGGGCUGUUUAUGAUAAAUUUUAAUUUUCAGCCAAGUCAGUUCCUUGAUCCACUUCACCUCUUGGCAGAGAAGAGGAGAAGAAAACAAGGGCAGAACUGUUUGCAGCUGUCACAUUGAAACAAUCAUGAAACUAAAAUUUUGAGUACACAGAAAGGCAAAAGAAUACUUGGGAGUAAAUUAGAAACAGGACAUUGAGCCUGCAUAGGGUCUUGCAUAAUUAUUUUUUGCUCCUCACGUACACAUUUCCCGCUCUAAAAUUCAGAUGUCAAAACUGAAGGUAAAUGCAGAACGAGCUACUCUUAUGCCCCAGAAAACACAGAAACCACUUCUGAGUCCAGGAACAGAGCCUGGGCUGGCUCACCAACACCAUCCAUCGUCAGCUCUCUUCUUUGUAAAGAAUCUGAUUUCUUCAUCCGCCAUCCCUUUGUUUUCUGGAACAGUUUCUUCCAACUUGCAUUUACCUGUACCUUAGAAGGAAGACCAGUCUGUUUUUUCCCAUAAAAUCCUUUCUGCAAGGAGGCUGCAUUGCCAUUGUUCAGGAGGGUGGACAGGCCUGGACUGCUUCACGCAGCUGCUUCCUCCAGGCCUUUGGCACCCUGGUGAACAAUGUAUCUGCUGAAAUCAGCACUACCUGUAAUAAAAGUGAGUCCUGACUUCUCUGAGCACUCCAGGCCUCCACCCACCAUAACUGAUGGGUUCAAAGCAAAUAGUUCUGCCCGUGCCUUUUAUGUUGUUGGCGGGGUUUUUUUGUUUGUUUCUUCUGUUUUUUACAUUAGCUGCCACUUCAGCUUCCCAUCCCAUUCUGUUGUCACUCAUUAUUUUCCUGUGAAUGGGCAUGUCACAUCUGUUUGCUUUAUUUCUAUCUAGAUCUUGAUCUCCUGAAGUCGGCUAGAUCUUAUUUUUCCCAUCAUGAGUUGUUGGGUGUCUCUGACAAUGACAACACACAUCCAAGAUCAGAAGAGUGAACCAGAAUCAGAGCUGGAGAUUUCGUGUUUUAGACUUUGGUACAGCUAUAUUCACACACUGAAUGCCAAGAUUGAUUGAAAGUCACAGCACUGCCUUUUAUCUUUUAGAAGCUGUUUUUUCCACUGGCUCCAAAUGAACUCUGGCUACAGGAAACAGAUUGUGAAACUGGCUCCAAGGCCUAAACUUCAGAUUUCAGCCCUUUGUUUUAUAGAUUUUAAUGUAGUACUUAGGGAAUAGCGAUGAGGAUGGCUUUAUUUUUUUUCCAAACCAAAUCUCUGCAGUUUUCUGAUACCAGGUCAGGCUUCUUUAUGCACUGCAAGACAUUGUGGAAAUCAAGGUCAAAGGCUACCAGUGGAAUUAAUCAGAGCCCAAAGUUAGGGGAAUGUGUUUGUUUGAUUUGCGUGUUCACAGCCCGAAGUUAAUAUGCUUGUUUUUGAUCCCUAAAGAAUGGAUAAGAGAGAGGCAGAAUUAUGAAGGAAACAAUCUGGCAACUCAUCCAGAAUUACAGCAGUUGAGUUUUCAAAAUGAUAAGCUGAAGAAAAACAAAUUUGUGGCUGUUUUAAACCUCAGUAUUUCCUUCCUUCAUGAUUUAUCAACUUCCUUUUUUUUUUAACCAGAUAAGGACUUCUAUAGCCAUAUGCAGAUGACAUCCUACAGCAGAAUUAUUUUUGAAAAUACAAUAUCUAGUAAUUGUAUUAAUGUUCUUUCUAAGAUAAAAGAUCUAAAAUAUAUUUACUUUUAAAAGUUCAUUUCAGUUUAUGUAUGUUACAAAAGAGCACUUUACUCAAUAAUGCAUGUAGUCAAAUACUGGAGCACUAAUAAGAACACAGUAAAACUUGUGCAGUCUAGAAGGAACUGCUUUUUAAAUUAAAUUCCUUCAACUGUUUUCCUUUACACCUGGUUUUCUUAAGGCUUACUUCAUUCCAAUUGCUAAAUACCUAGGAUGGGAUGACUCUUCAAAAAGUUCACCCUCCCUUUUUAGAUCUGUUUUGGCAUGUUGCCACAAUAAAUGGCACUCCAGAUUAAAAUGCAUUUUUCUUCACAGCUACCCUCUGAGAAAACAAACUUCUGUGACUGCUGUUUUGCAAAGAGACACCAAAAAGCCAGAGGCUGCUCCUCUACUGCCUUUGAACCCAGGGUCAAGUUUGGUGUCAAGUCCAAACCAUUCUGUUUGGGAGGAGAUGUGGCCUUUUUUUGCUUCUGAGCAUGUGUUUGCACAUCUAAUGUGUUCUGCUCUAUUAUGUGUUGCAGGCGUACAUUUGCACCAAACCCUGCCACCCUCCCUCCUUAGAGGUCACAAAUACAGCAGGGAUGGGGAAAUUAGACACCAGCUUCUUCUUAGGAGACCAAAUCUUCCAUGCAUAAAGUCUGUGAAAUAGUUUAUGCUGGGGAGAGGGUUGCUUUGAGAAGAGCUGGGCUAUGAACUAGAGCUAGAGCUACUUAAAGUCCACAGCCACUUAAAGUCCUGCUGGAUGUUGCCAAUUCUCUGACUACAUGCCACUUAACUGUAUAAAUGUAACCUGAAACACUGAGAACCAGGAAAACAGUAUGGGCAAACUAAAAGUGCAGUUCUGAAAAUCUCCUCUGAGCAGCCACCUGAACUCUUGUUAAUCUCUUUCUGGAGAGAAGUGUUCAGAAUUGCCCCAAACUGGGCACGUGGAAACCUGUCUCCUCUUUGUUCCCAUUUGUGGUUUAGGAAGUAGGUGGAGCAGCUCUAAGAGAAGUCCUGCUGAGUGGAACCUCUCCAAGCCCAACAAGUCAGGGUCUUCUGUUGCAGGCACAGAUGGCUUCAAUGCCUGGCAGCAUUUGGUAGAGUGCUCACCUUCAGUACUGUAACCCAGGGAUUGAAGAAUUGCCUUUUAGCUCGAAGGCAUUUACAUCAAUACCUCCUAACUACCAGGAGAGUGUCCCAGGUGCUCAGGAGGAUUGCAAAACAAAAGGGAACUAUUUAUCACCUCACUUGGUGAAUUUGUGCCCUACUGGAAAGGAUGGCAAAUGUGUGACACUAGUGUGAGCUAGAAGGAAGGAGACAUAGGGAUCUGUAGGCACUUAUUCCUGGUUUCUGAUAACUUUCCCCAGACCAGUGUUACUGCAGAAAUGCAUAAAUUAACCCCAGGACCCUGUUUUGAUGAUUGAACUAGAUGAGAGAGACACCUCCGUGUUGUGCUCUUUGGUCUCAGCUGCCUUGUCCUUGUUCGAGCCACACAUGCUUUUUGGAGCAGGGUCAUAACUUCAAACGAAAAGGUGGUGACUCCCUGUUUCCUUCCUGCUCUUCCUCCUCCCAGUCUAGCAUGGUGGUCAGGGAUGAGGCAUGAAUGCUCCCCAGGAACUCCCACUUCCUGGCCAAUGCUCUGACCACUGGGUAGCAGCACAGAGAAGGUGGAUACUGUUUCCUCCAGCUGCACUUUAAAAGAAAAGGAACGUUGCUUACUGGGAAUUUCAUAUCUGCUGACAGCCCAAAAGGCCCUAUAAGCACCUUUGGCAGGCUGUUAACACCGACCUUGGUGUUUUCCAGCAAUAACACAAAGAAAAAUGCUGUGACCAGCAGCCACAUGAACUGAAGUCACAGACCAGAAAAGCUACAGGGACUCUUUAUUCAUUGUUUUAAAGAACAGAUUUUGGCACUCACUGCCAGAAGAGGACUCCAAAUUCUGAGUCCAAAGAAGAUAAAGGUGCCAAGCACCAGGGUGGGACUUCACCCACGUCUAUGUUCAUAGAGUUUCCUCACCCUGAAACAAAGCUCUUGUUAGCUCCUCACUGAGUGUGCUGCUUGUUUUGGAUCUAUACCUGCAUUUCUUUCAUGCAGGGAACUAAGCCUGUCAUUAGCACACUCAGCCCCAAGGCUGAAAGGCUCAUGUAUCCUGAAACAUCCUUAUUAGUCCCAACCCUCUGAUUUAUUAAGGUCACACAGAAUGACAAGAAUUGGAGUCAAGAACCUAGAGACCCACUAAAUUUCCUUCAUAUAUGCAUAACUAUUUGCAUUCAAAACUGAAUAUAAUUAAUAGGGAAGAAAUGCCUAUUAAAAACUUUAUAAUCAAUUGAAGUUAGUUUUCUGCCUGCAACAUUGCACAGGAUUUUGUAGCAUCUUACUCAGAUUUGCUUUUUCUGUAUCUCCAAAGCCAUGCAAGUUUAAAUAUACAGAUUAUAUGAAACAAGUAAUGCCUUUGACAGUUUUAAGUUUCCCCUGGCAACUCAGGGUAGAAGUAGUGAUAAAACCAUUUCUACAUUUUUGAAUACUGAUUAUACCAUAUGAAAUACAAACUAUUUGGCAUUAAUACCUAGAAUAGUGUGCCUGUUCAGGAUGUGCAAUGUGAAUGUUAGAAUUGCUGUGAUUAUUCUGGGUCAUGUAAACAGGUCAUAUUUUUAAAAACCAUUCUUCAACAAAAUAGGUCUCCAAAAUAAGAUCGAAGAGUUACUCGAGGAAUUGCUUUCAUUUUUUCUGCAUAUUACAAGGCAACUAUUUCAGACAAAAUAUGAUUUUGGGAAUAACUUCUUGCUUGUAGAGAAACUAAUUUUUUCUUUUCCUUGCUAACUUUUUUUUUUUUUUUUUCCUCAUUCUGUUUCUUAGGCUGCCUGAUGUACAAAUGCAGAAUGGUGUUUUUGUUCCUUGCCAGGUGCCUAGCUAUCGGCAGCACAGGAAUACAUGAAAAAAAUGGUAUAUAGCCAAAGCUGGUAAUUUCUUCCUGCCUUCCAAUCUAUCAAGAUACACCAAACUAAAGAAACUACAUACGGAAGAUUGUGUGAUGGCAUCAGCAGAAAAUAACAGAAGACAGAAAAAGUAGCCUUUUCCAUUCUUCAUGUAGAGUAUGAGGAGAACACCUUCAAUUUCCACAUCAGCUAUGGAUUCUGAAUCAAAGAACAGUUUCAUAGGAAGCUUUCUUCAGCCACCAGAUUGGAGGCUUCCUGCAGCCUUUGUUUAUAUAGAAUCAAAGAAGUUGGCAGCUGCUGCUGGUGACAAGCCUUCUCUCCCAAAUAACCAAGCUGUAAUGGCAGCCCUGAGAUCUCUGCAAGAAAAGAUCCGGCGCCUAGAGCUUGAGAAGUCACAGGCUGAAGAUAAACUGUGCAGCCUCUCCAGAGCAGCUGCUCAGUACAAGAAGGUCUUAGAGCACAAAUCCUAUGAGAAGGACGCAGCACAUCGAGAGCUGAUGCAACAGAGGAAAGAUUCAAAUGCAGUACAAUCCCGCUGCUCCCUGCUGGAGAAACAGCUGGAUUACAUGAGAAAGAUGGUUUCCAGUGCAGAACUGGAAAAGAGAAUGAUUUUAGAACAACAGGCUCAGCUUCAAAAAGAGGAAGAUCAGAACCGGUUGGAACUGCAUGCAAAACUUGAAAAGCUUGAAAUGCUAGAAAAAGAAUGUCUUAAACUUACUGCUACUCAGAGAAUUGCUGAAGACAAGAUCAAAUACUUAGAAGAAAAGCUGUGUAAAGAAGAGCAUCAGCAUAAGUUAAUACAAGAUAAAAUUGCUCAGCUUCAAACAGGAUUUGAUAUGAACAGAAUUUUGGUGUCUUCGGUAACAUCUCAACAUGAACCUGAAAAGGAAAAUGGGAAGAACAAAAAACCUAGGAAGAGAAAUCCUACAAUGAAGAAAAUGCAGCUUUCACAAUUACAUGUAAAGGCUGGUGAACUACCUUUUGUGGCUGGGAAGUCUGUCAGCUCCAGCCAUUCUGUCAGUGCAAAUGUACAAAGUGUGUUGCACAUUAUGAAGCAUCGCAAUCCGUGUAUCUCAUCGCGAGGACAAGGAGGACACAGUGCACUUUCAAAAUCUGUUUCCACAUCACCCACUGCCACCAGGAGCUUUUCAGACCUUCUGUUGGCCUUUCAAGAUGAGCUGGGCCAAAUGAGCUCGGAGCUUCAAGAACUUCUGAAGCAGAUACAGGAGACUCAGGACUCCCAAGCUCGUGAAGACCUGGAACAGGAGCUGGAUUGCCUUGUAAAACAAAUGGAGAUGAAAGGAAAACAAAUAUCCAAGCUGAAAAAGCAUCAGGCUACUGUGCAAAAAUUAAAGAGAAAAACUCAGAAAUUGAAGCAAGGGGCAACUUACGUCAAAUUAAAGUGCGGUGAACAAAAGGAAGCAAAUGAGAUUGCAGUCACUGUAAAGGAAAAUAUGUCGAAACCUUGUCCUGGGCAGAAGAGCAGAAGUUCUCUUCAGCUGCUAAAAGCUGUGAGGCAACUUCAGCUAUCUCUGAAAAAAGAUGAUGUCAUCUGAGAAGAAUAGUUCUGAAGUUUGUUAUGUUAGAAGUUUUUGAAGUUGUCUGACAUCUAGUAAAUUUUCAGUUGUACAAAAUACCUUUUAAAAAUAAACUGGAUACAGUAGACAUGUACAUUCUAAACUGCCUACUCUCCCGUAGGUCAGUUUGUUCACCUUAGAAUUAACUUUCAUGUAGUGCAGCUAUAACUCAACUACAUUUCCUUGUAAUAAAGUGUUUUAAUGGACUAAUGAAAUGUUAUUAUUUGUUAACUUGUCAAAUAAAAUUUUAUACUUUUUUACACUUAAAAUAGUAU